AUGUUAGGUUUGUUUUUGAUUGUCACUGUUGUUGACCUGGUAAUCGGACAAAUUCGCUACUCGAUUCCCGAGGAACAGGAGCGGGGAGCCUUUGUUGGGAACAUCGCUGAAGAUUUGGGAUUAAACGUUCGGCAAUUGUUCGCUCGCAGGUUCCGCCUGGGCUCUGAACACGAGAAGCGAUACUUGGAGGUAAAUUUGGAAAAUGGGAUUUUAUUUGUCAAUGAAAGAAUCGACCGGGAACAGCUCUGUGGACAGAGCCCGACCUGUUUCAUUUCUUUGGAAGCAGCGGUCGAAAAUCCUUUGGGAAUGUAUCGCAUUGAAGUGGAGAUCAGAGACAUAAACGAUAAUUCUCCCAGUUUUCCGAAGAGUGUAUUUUUCCUGCAAGUCUUUGAAUUAACAGCGCCAGGGGCGCGGUUUCCCCUCAAGAGCGCACACGAUCCGGAUAUAGGAACCAACGCAGUCAACACUUAUCAAAUCAGUUCAAACGAUUACUUUGGUUUAAAAAUGCAGAGCAGAAGCGACGGCGUAAAAAUUGCCGAGUUACUGUUGGAGAAACCUUUAGACCGCGAAAAAGAGUCAACAUUUCAGCUGGUGCUAACAGCCAUUGAUGGUGGAAUACCACAUAGAUCUGGCACAGCUCAGACUAUAAUCACUGUACUUGACGCGAAUGACAAUGCGCCUGUAUUUGGUCAGGAUAUAUACAGAACUAACGUGGUAGAAAACGCACCGGAAGAUACCCUGGUGAUGCAAAUUCACGCCGUUGAUUCGGACGAAGGGCAGAAUGCGGAGGUAAGAUAUUCUUUCAGUAAUCAUGCUUCCCAAAGAGUCAGCGAGUUGUUCAAAUUGGACCCAGAAACCGGAGAGAUUACAGUUAAAGGUCUGCUGGAUUUUGAGGAAUCCGAUAUUUAUGAGCUCGAUAUACAAGCUGUGGAUAAUGGCCAACAUUCCUUGGUAGGUCAUGCCAAGGUUUUGGUCGGUAUAACUGACGUGAAUGACAAUUUCCCCGAGAUUAAAUUGACCUCAGUGUCUCGCAUGAUCCCCGAAGACGCUGCGCUGGGGACUGUGGUGGCUGUGAUUAGUAUAGAGGAUCGAGAUUCUGGAGAAGAUGGACACGUUUAUUGCCAAGUCCCUAUGAACAUCCCAUUUAAAAUCCAAACAUAUUCCAAGAACCAAUAUAAAUUGGUUACUAGUGAUGCACUGGAUCGUGAAACAAGUCCCUCGUUCAACAUCUCAAUUUCAGCUUGGGAUUCGGGGACUCCCCCUCUCUCAACAAAUAAGACAAUCUCGGUGUCAGUUUCCGAUAUGAAUGACAAUGCUCCUCUCUUCACGCAGUCCUCCUACAAUGUGUAUGUGAUGGAGAACAAUGCUCCCGGAGCCUCUAUAUCGGCGGUUACAGCUGUAGACCCUGAUCUGGAUCAGAAUGGCGAAGUCUCAUAUUCGGUUCUGGAAGACAACCGGAUACAAAGUGAAUCUCCUUACGUUACUAUCAACUCCCAAAGUGGGACUAUUUACGCACUGCGCUCCUUUGACUACGAGCAACUAAAACGUUUCCGGAUCAACGUUCAUGCCAAGGAUGGAGGAUUUCCGCCAAUGAGCAGCAGCGCUAUCGUGAAUGUUAUUAUCCUGGAUCAGAAUGAUAAUGCGCCGCUUGUUGUCUCAUCGGUAACAUGGAACGCCUCAGCUGCCGUGAAAAUUGCACCUCAGUCAACUUACCCGGGUGACUUGAUCGCCAGGGUGAUGGCCGCAGACGCAGAUUCCGGUCAGAACGCACGUCUCUCCUACCAACUCAUUGACGCCACCGAUCGCAGUUUGUUCAGCCUGGAACGCCUCACUGGAGAAAUCAGGACACUGCGAAAGAUCACGGAACAGGAUGACCCCACACAACAUCUGAUCAUCAUGGUGAUGGACAAUGGGCAACCCAGGCUGUCCAGCACCGCCACUGUACUGUUUUCAAUCCUGCCCAAUGUGACUGAAACGCUAUCUGAACGCAGUGGCCGGCCCGGAAAGCCUCAGCAUUUCUCAGAGCUAAAUUUUUAUUUAAUCAUUACGCUAGCUUCCACGUCCUUGAUAUUUCUCAUAGCUAUUAUUUUUCUGGUUGCAGUGAAGUGUCACCAGGACAGAGGUAUCUUGCAAAGCCAGAGCUACAUGACUUGGUGCUUCGGGCGUCGAUUUGCCAGGGAUGUUGUGAAUCGCAGACCUACACCAAAAGGACCUCCACACUUACCUGGACCUCGCUUUAAGAAAACUCAAUGCAGUUAUUGGCGGACACUCCUUGUGUCGCUGUCCACCAAUAAAGAGCUGAAACGCGCCCUGGAGAUCUAUCAGCCCUCCCUCUUCACCAGACGCAGGACAGAAUCAAAGGAGAAGCUGAGCAGUAACUGCGUUUGCAGUUAG